AACGCUCUUUCUUCUUCAUUUCCUUCCUUCGUAUUCUUCCUCCGAAUACAGAGGAAGCUGAAGGCGUAGGAAAAGCGCGAGACUCUAUUAAGAUUCCAAUUGAAUUUGCAAAGAAACAGAUCCUACUCAGAUCAACAUGAACGAGGUCAUGACCGCAUCUGAUGCAAGAACUGCAGCUCAAACUACGUCGUCUUCAUCGUCGUCGUUAUCACUUUUUCCAAGCAAUCUCCCCCUCCUUUCUGCCUUCCUCGCCUGCGCUCUUGCACAGUUCCUUAAGCUUUUCACCAACUGGUUUAAAGAAAAGAGAUGGGAUUCUAAAAAAAUGCUCAGUUCUGGAGGAAUGCCAUCUUCGCACUCUGCAACUGUGACAGCUCUGGCAAUGGCUAUAGGUCUAGAAGAAGGGGCAGGAUCGCCAGAUUUUGCAAUUGCAGUUGUCUUGGCCUGUGUUGUCAUGUACGAUGCAUCUGGGGUCAGACUUCAUGCUGGUCGGCAAGCUGAAUUGCUGAAUCAAAUUGUUUGUGAGUUUCCUCCUGAACAUCCAUUAUCCAGUGUUAGACCUUUGCGUGAAUUGCUUGGGCACACUCCACUUCAGGUUGCUGCUGGAGCUAUACUGGGAUGCAUAGUAGCAUAUCUGAUGAGAAACACUGACUAGUGUCAUGGCAUAGCAUCUUGUUGUAGACAGCCUUACAUAUAUUGGUGUCAACAAAGAAGAUAGAAAGAAUGUUUUAUAUGAGAGUUCCAGCAGUUGGAGGUGACACUCAAAUACUACAGGAUUCUAUAGACCUGCUCAUGUAGAUCCAGAAUACCAAUUAUAUAACGAACAACUCUUUCUGAUUUAAUUUAAAAAAUUACAAAUGAAUAAAACAUCUAUAUUUUAUCGUAACCGUUUGAUGAUUAUACAAGUUGCUCAUGUUAAUUGAUUA